GGAUGCUGCUGCUACUGUCACUUCUGCCGUUGCCGCUGUUGUUAGAGAUUUUGCUUUUGCUCCUUCUACCGCAUGACAAUUGUUUUCCUCGUCUAAGCAGAUACCAGCCUCAGAUGCUCAAGGUGAGAGUCUUGCCUUUCGCUCUGGGCUACUGGUUUACUUAAUCUGGUCAGUUUGUUCAGCAUUUGUGGUUUUCUUUAUCUCAUGACCCUCCUUAUCCCUAUUUUGUUUUGUUGUGCUUGCUUUUGGGGGAAUGUUUCUUCCCCCUGCAGAAGAGCUGGAAUUGCUUGAGAGGCGUUUAAGGAAUUAUAAAAGUGGCUAGCAAACAGGAGCUCAGUAAUUGCAGAGCUAUUCUCACUUCAGAGAAGCAGAGACAGUGACAGAGGGCUUGGGGGCACAAGGACUAAGGGGAUCUAAUUUUUCCUGUGCAUUACUCCUCUCUCAGUUUGGAUGAUGUUGCUGAGCUUCGACCUUUUAUUGACUCCCACUCUGUGAUUUUUGCAGAGCACUGUGACUAUUACUACCGUCUCUUUUUGUCUGUGUCUCACAGUAAUGGACUGUGAUAGAGUUAAGGCCUUUUGGAGGUGAGCUGUUUGAGAGCUGAUGCUUAAACAUGUCUGAAGUAGCUGCCGACACUUUCCCCAGCCCCUCAGCUCAGCUGAGCCCUGAUGCGUCCCUCAACGGGCUCCCGGGUGAGGAGAACAUGCCGGGGACCCAAAGAGAGGACAGGAGGGUCCAGGGGAUAGCAGGCCUUGCCGCAACCUGCUGUGUGUGCCUGGAGGCAGAGCGACUGAAGGGCUGCCUCAACUCUGAAAAGAUCUGCAUCGCCCCUAUCUUGGCUUGCCUGCUUAGCCUUUGCCUCUGCAUUGCUGGCCUCAAGUGGGUCUUUGUGGACAAGAUUUUUGAGUAUGACUCUCCUACCCAUCUUGACCCUGGGAGGAUAGGACAAGACCCAAAGAGUGCUGUGGAUCCUACAGCUCUGUCUGCCUGGGUGCCUUCGGAGGUGUAUGCCUCACCCUUCCUCGUACCUAGCCCCAAGAGCAAGGCUGAAGUGACAGUGCACAGUGACAGCUCACUUGUACCCUCCAAACCGUUCCUCCAGCCUUCUCUAUAUAAUCGCAUCCUAGAUGUUGGGUUGUUGUCCUCUGCUGCACCUUCGCUGUCACCACCCGCCCUGGAGCCUACCACAGCAUCUCAGGCACAAGCAACAGAAACCAAUCUCCAAACUGCUCCAAAACUUUCCACUUCCACAUCUACAACUGGGACAAGUCAUCUCACAAAAUGUGACAUAAAGCAGAAAGCCUUCUGUGUAAAUGGGGGAGAGUGUUACAUGGUUAAAGACCUCCCAAACCCCCCAAGAUACCUGUGCAGGUGCCCAAAUGAAUUUACUGGUGAUCGCUGCCAAAACUACGUAAUGGCCAGCUUCUACAAGCAUCUUGGGAUUGAAUUUAUGGAAGCUGAGGAACUGUACCAGAAACGGGUGCUGACCAUAACUGGCAUUUGCAUUGCUCUUCUAGUGGUUGGCAUCAUGUGUGUGGUGGCCUACUGCAAAACCAAGAAGCAGAGGAAAAAGUUGCAUGACCGCCUUCGGCAGAGCCUGCGCUCGGAAAGGAACAACGUGAUGAACAUGGCCAACGGGCCACACCACCCCAACCCACCGCCCGACAACGUCCAGCUCGUCAAUCAGUACGUUUCGAAAAAUGUAAUCUCCAGUGAGCAUGUCAUUGAGCGAGAAACAGAGACCUCGUUUUCUACAAGCCACUACACCUCAACAACACAUCACUCCGUGACAGUCACCCAGACACCUAGCCACAGCUGGAGUAAUGGCCACACUGAAAGCAUCCUCUCUGAAAGCCACUCGGUGCUCGUCAGCUCCUCCAUGGAGAACAGCAGGCACGCCAGCCCAGCAGGGCCCCGGGGCCGUCUCAACGGCAUCGGCGGGCCACGGGAAGGCAGCGGCUUCCUCCGGCAUGCCAGAGAGACGCCCGAUUCCUACCGAGACUCUCCUCACAGUGAAAGGUAUGUCUCAGCUAUGACCACACCAGCUCGCAUGUCACCCGUUGAAUUUCACACUCCAACUUCUCCCAAGUCCCGCCCUUCCACAAUGUCACCACCGGCUUCCAGCUUGACCGUCUCCAUCCCUUCCGUGGCGGUGAGUCCCUUCAUAGAAGAGGAGCGACCGCUGCUCCUGGUGACUCCGCUGCAGCUGCAUGAGAAGUAUGACCACCACCUUCAGCAGUUCAACUCCUUUCACCACAAUGCCACCCAUGAGAGCAACAGCCUGCCACCAAGUCCUCUGCGGAUCGUGGAGGAUGAGGAGUACGAGACCACGCAGGAAUACGAACCAGCACAGGAGCCUCCAAAGAAACUCACCAACAGCCGGAGGGUCAAAAGAACAAAGCCCAACGGCCACAUUUCCAGCAGGGUGGAAGUGGACUCUGACACAAGCUCUGAGAGCAGCAGCUCCGAGACCGAAACGGAAGAUGAAAGAAUAGGUGAGGAUACACCAUUCCUGAGCAUACCGAACCCCGGGGCAACUGGUCUGGAGCCAGCCACUGCCUUCCGGCUGGCUGAAACCAGGACUAACCCGGCAAAUCGCUUCUCCACACCAGAAGAGUUACAAGCAAGGUUGUCCAGUGUGAUAGCUAACCAAGACCCUAUUGCUGUAUAAAACAUAAAACACAUAGAUUCACAUGUAAAACUUUAUUUUAUAUAAUGAAGUAUUCCACCUUUAAAUUAAACAAUUUAUUUUAUUUUAGCAAUUCCGCUGAUAGAAAACAGGAGGGGAAGAAAACUUUUAUAAAUUAAAUAUACGUAUGUACAAAUGUGUUAUGUGCCAUAUGUAGCAAUUUUUUACAGUAUUUCAAAAAUGGGGAAAGAUAUCAAUGGUGCCUUUAUGUUAUGUUAAGUUGAGAGCAAGUUUUGUACAGUUACAAUGAUGGCUGUCCCAUAGUAUUUUGCAAAACCUUUUAGCCCUCAGUUGUCCUAGCUUUUUUGUGCACUGCAUUAUAAUGACUGGAUGUAUGAUUUGCAGGAAUUGCAGAAGUCCCUCUGGUUGCUUGCUGUAGAGUCUCCAAAUCAGAAAGCCCUGUAAUGGCACUCCCACCCUACUCCACCAGAAAAACACACGUAUACACACACACAGAGUCAGAAAGGAAAAAAAAAAGAUUUAAAAAAAAAAAAAAAAGAUAAAAAAGUUUAAAAAAAAAAGUUUCUUAUAUGAGAACUUUUAUUUGCUUUCCGUAUAUGAGAUGAGUUUUGUCUGCUCUCUGCCAGCCAAAAGGUUUGCUUCUUUGAGCACUGGGAUAAUAGUAGAUCCAACAGCAUGCUACUAUUAAUUACAGCAGGAUAACAAAAAACAUACAAACAAAAAAAAAAAAAAGCCAACCUGCAUUAAGUAAUGUUACUUAUAGAAAGGAAAUAAUACUGUGAUUUUAAACCAAAUAUAUUAUUAAUCAGAGGUCAGCUUGUAAUCACUAGGAACUGCCAUUUCAUUACUUUCCAGAUAUUAAUUGUUCUAGUUAUCCCUUAGGAAAUGGGUUAAGUUAGCUGAGGCUUUGAACCCAAUACUCUAUUCAAACAAAAAAAAAGAAAAAAAAAGGAAGAAAAAAAGAAAAAAGAAAAAAAAAAGAUAACAUUUAUAUUAGUUUAUGUUAAUGGGGCAAAUAUAAUAGAUACCUGUAAUCAAGCAAGGAAGAGAUCUAGCUGGAAAACAAAUGCCACUAAUAAAAGUGCAAUCAGUUUUCACCUCUAUUUCUUAAUGUUGAUUUCUAAUACAUGACUUAUUCUUUUGUUUCUACUCAAUUUUCUUCCCCUUUUUCCCUUCCUCAGAAAGAACCCUGACAAGCUUCUAGCAAUACCUUUUUAGAGUUGCUGUUGGAGUAAGGCUUACUCUUGGACAAAGAAAGGCCUUUCAGGGAGGAAUAUGAUUUGCUGAAUGGUUAAAAAGUAUAGGCACGUAGGAGGGACAAAGCAAAUGUGUGGAGUUUAUUUCCACUCACCUUCACUGACUCCGUUACUUGGGUUGAGAGAGGCAAGGCUGAUGCAGAGCCCAUUUAUGAAGGUAAGCACACCAUGUGAGUUACAGCCCUAGUAACCCAUGUGUGACUAUUUAAUAUCAGUGUUUUUAUAGCCAGUGACAGUCUUGAAGUCAUUGACUAGUAAUGAACAAGGAUGCUGCCAGUGCUGGAGCAGAUGCAUCCAUCCAGACAGAAGCAAAUGGACUCUAUUUGCACUGAAUUCCUAUCAGUUUAGUCAGGGUCACUCUGCCUCUUCUACUUUUGAUUUUUUGUUGUGUGUUCAGUUGGCACAGCAUUGACUCAGGAUUGAUGUGGAAAACAAAUGUUUUUCCUAGACUCUGGGGAUUCUGAAAAUGAGAACAUGUGUUUUACAGGUAUUACUGAGCUCUAAAUAAGAGCCCUGUCAAGACAAAAAUAAUUUCAGCCAAACUACACUCAUCCUUUGGGCCAUAUUCUGGUCCUAGUUAAAUGAAGAGAAAUACAUCAAGGAAAUUUUGUGAGAUGCAAACCUGAGGAACAAAAGUCUCAACUCAGUAAAUUGUUCAAGCAUAUGCUUAUGCUAAUCCCAGCAAAAGUUACCUUCAGCAUGUGCUAGACUCUCAUUGACACAUCCAGCACAUGCAAAAAGUUAAGUAUGCACUUAAGAGUUUUGCUGAACAAGGUGUCCUAUUGAUUUGAGACAGAGAGCAAAGUAUAGCAAAAGAAGAUCUUUGCUAGGAUGACAAAAAUCAGUGAGCUCCUCACUGUGUUAAUAACCAUAUCACAUUGGUAAGAAUACAGGUGAGUCUAUCUGAACACCAGAUUCAGCAGAAAAAGAACAAAAAAAACCUUAGUACAGGAAACAAAGUUGUCCACUAGAAUGUCAGUAGUAGAACCAAAAGGCUAGGAAACUAGCACAGCUUUGGGCUAUGUGGUGGCUGAAAUGGCACUGCUUAUUUGAGAAAUCCGUGGAAGAUGGCAAAUACAUACUGUCUGGAUUUAAGUCCCCUUUGCCAUUUUUCCCUAGCUGGCAUGUACUUGAACACACUUUGCCUUUGCAGACUGAAACAUAAGCUCUCUACAAAUUCUAUAUGCCAUAUUCUCAUUUUCAUCCCUUUAGUCAUGACAAUUUAUCUGCAAUCCCAUGCAGCAGAAUAUCUAUUCUCUCCAGUAACUCUGCAACUCAGUAGUACCGAAGCAGAAGGUCAGGUGGACUUUCCUAAUGAAGGCCAUGAGUUUCCAAAAGAUUUGCACUGUCGAGUUUCCUUGGACGCUUGAAUAUCUGUCCCUUCAGGAAGGCCUCUGACACGGCAAAGGCCUUGCAGGACAGAAAAAGGAUGGCAGAGAAACAAGAGAUUUGCCCCAAAGUCACCCGUCUUACUGGCAGAAUAGAGAUUAUAAGACAGGUCUUUUGUAAACUCCUCCAGUAUAUAUCAACCACAAGGCCAGGUCUCGUUGAAGUAUCUGUAAUAGCCCAGACAGAUGAAUGAGGAUGGAAAGGGAACAUGCCUUGGCAUUGAGUAGAUUAUUUGACUACUAUCACUGUUAUUGUGGAGGGACAGUAGAAAAUGAAGGAGAAAGUCCGUAUUUGGGAGCUGUAUAUGUGAGAUUUACUUGGUAUAGGUCUAGGGAAAAAUGUCACACCUCUUCUGUUGCAAUGCCUCAAAGUCAAAUUGCUGUGCAGUUCCUGCUAUUCCUACCCCUCAGAAUAUCCACAGUGUGUUACAGAGCAAGCAUGAAAUUAGGCUGGAGACUUCACAUGGACCUAAGAACAAGAAAAUACAAUUGGGGAUAUGGCUGCCUAAGCCCUUAGAUCUUUGUGAAGAACCCAGCCUUACAGCACAAUUCAUGCAGCAGUGAAUUCAGGAAUUGCCCUGGCUUGGCACGCACAGAAGCGGGAAGAAGACACAGCCCCUCACCUCUCAACUUGUGUUCAUCACACUGUGAGGGUGUUUCACGUCAGUCAGGUCCACACCCAGAAGUUAGUGAGUCUACCUGGCCACAGGUGCUUCUGGCAGGCUGCAGCCAGUUCCUGCUGGCCAAGGGGCUGGAGGCUGCAGCAGCACGGAGCAGAGCCAGCAAGUGCCUAUGGAAAAGGCCAGCUCCCCUGUUGGGGAUAUUUGCUUAAUUUCCCAGACCUUUGAGCUAGGCAGUCCCAACACCCUUGAGCCAUCACUGUGUGAUGCUUGCCAGUUCCUUGGCUGAAAGUCAUGGCAAGAAGAAACAUACUUUGAAGAGGGAGGAAAUAUUCCAGUGGUGGCAGAGUUGUUAAGAUUGUCCUGGUUUAUUUCUGUGUCACUUAGUUUGAGCCAUGAGGUUUUCCUAUGUAUGUGUUUAUAUGCAGGAAUUCCAAGAUGAAAGGCUUUUUUCAAGAGCGUAUAGCUAGAUUAUAUUGGUACAGCCUGACUAUUUAAGGAGUGUAAAUAAUUGCAGCUCCAUACAGGUUCUCGUGCAACAGAGAAAAGCCUACUCCCUCCUUUUGGCCCAGUUAUUCCCUUCCUCACUUGAGCCACCCCAACAUACCCAGGUUUAAGAGAUCAGUCACUGCCUUUAUCAGGGAAACAGGAAAGCUCCUUCUUUCCAGUACUCCAAAACAACAAUGCUGCAUCUCCCUGCUUCUCUCACACACAUUGCAAGCAGUUUCCUGAGCACCCAGGAUAGCAAACUGGUGUCUCCUCAAAGGACACACCUCUCAGCCUGUUGAGCACUUCUUGGCCCUGCAGUGUGGCUACUUACCAUUACCUGGGUCUUACUUCUAGUAAGAAACAAAAAAGCACCUAUGAAAUGCUGCAGAGAAGGGCAGACAAAGAACAUGGCCAAUUUUCAUCAUUUGUAAUUCUCUAUUCUAUUGUAAAUAUGUCUUGUACAUAUGUGGAUGUUUUCAUUAUUUACUGUCUUUAUGGAUAUUGUGUUAAAUGAGACGCUCUUAGUUUAUUGUGUAACACUGUAAAUAACAUAACAUCCUUUAUUAUUUAUGCAUAGGCAUCUAACACUCAGAGAAAGUUAUCCUCAUAUUAUUUUAAGAUAUAUGUCAAAAAGAUGUUGCAUUUUUUUCUUUCGCUUUGAAAAAAUUGUAAUAUAUCCUCUUUUUCCCCUCUUUUCCUUUAAAAAAAAAACGAAUGCUAAUUUAUUGUUCAGGAGAGAAAGGGGAUGUAACUGAAAGGCAAACUGUUCAAAGAACAUGCUGUGGAAGCCACAAGCUACUGAUAAACUAAAGAAUUUAUUACCCCAAAUACAGCAAUAAGUAAUUGUUGAUUUAUUAAGGUUUUGUUAUUCAUUUUCAGUAAAAGAGGUGCUGGAUUAAAUUGUUUAUGUGUGGUCCUGGCCCAGCUGCUCAGCAGACUGUGCCAGGUCCCUAGCUACCAUCUUUCUGUAUCCAAACAUUGUUGUAAAGGUCUUGUUCUAUUGUUGUGGACCACUGUUCCUUGAGAUUUCUGACUCAUCCCUAUGGGGGUCUCUGGCAGACACUCUUGUUCCUACAAACAUUUUUAGUUUCUUAAGUUAGAAUUAUUAGCUCUACCCUGACCAUUACUACUUAAGAUGGAUGGGGUUUGGGGAGAGGGAGGAGUUGGGGGGGGCAGAAAUGACACAGUCUUGGGACUGUGGGAGGCUGCUCUACAAAAAUGUCACCUCACUGUUCAGCAACAGUCAAUAAAGCAAAGCAGAUACUGGGAACUCUUAGAUGGCACCACCAUGCCACUAUAUACAAUUAUUAUUUGUGCCAGUUGUAAAUACAA